UACCCCGCGGGGGGAAAGGCUCCAAGCGAGUACUAUUAUCUCACGACAUUUCUCCGUCCACUCGAUAAGCAACACAAAUCGCUACCAUGGCGACCCAGCAUCGAACGCAACCGCGGAAACCGCUCGGCCAGCCAGCGCCGCAGGUCCAGCCGUGUCGAUACAAGGUCGGCAAGACGCUCGGCGCGGGGAGCUACUCGGUCGUCAAGGAAUGCGUCCACAUCGACACCGGGCGGUAUUAUGCCGCCAAGGUGAUCAACAAGCGCCUCAUGGCCGGACGAGAGCACAUGGUCCGCAAUGAGAUUGCCGUGCUCAAAAAGGUGUCCAUGGGCCACCAGAACAUCCUCACCCUCGUCGACUACUUUGAGACCAUGAACAACCUCUACCUGGUCACCGACCUGGCCCUCGGCGGCGAGCUCUUUGACCGCAUCUGCCGCAAGGGUUCGUACUACGAGUCGGACGCGGCCGACCUCAUCCGCGCCACCCUCUCGGCCGUCGCCUACCUGCACGACCACGGCAUCGUCCACCGCGACCUCAAGCCCGAGAACCUCCUGUUCCGCACGCCCGAGGACAAUGCGGAGCUCCUCAUCGCCGACUUUGGCCUCUCGCGCAUCAUGGACGAGGAGCAGUUCCACGUGCUGACCACCACCUGCGGCACCCCGGGCUACAUGGCCCCCGAGAUCUUCAAGAAGACGGGCCACGGCAAGCCCGUCGACCUCUGGGCCCUCGGCGUCAUCACCUACUUCCUCCUCUGCGGCUACACACCCUUUGACCGCGACUCGGACUUUGAGGAGAUGCAGGCCAUCCUCAACGCCGACUACUCCUUCACCCCCGUCGAGUACUGGCGCGGCGUCUCCAGCCACGCCAAGGACUUUAUCACCCGCUGCCUCACCAUUGACCCCUCCAGCCGCAUCACCGCCCACGAGGCCCUGCAGCACCCCUUUGUCGCCGCCCGCCUGCCCUCCGACGGCGCCGGCGAGAAUCUGCUGCCCGCCAUCAAGAAGAACUUCAACGCUCGCAGGACCCUCCACACCGCCAUCGACACCGUCCGCGCCAUCAACAAGCUGCGCGAGGCGCAGAACAUCCUCAUGGACGGCGCCAAAUCCCACGAGCCGCAGCGCGGUAAGGCUACGCCCCCUGUGGCUGGGGCCGGGGCGGCGGCGACGACGACGGCAGCGGCCCCUGGCGGGCCGAGGAAGGAUGAUAGCGCCAUCUCCAUGGGAAUGGAUAGUACCUACGGCACGGGGAGCGCUGGUGACGGCGAUGUCACCAUGGGAGGCACGACGGUGCCGGCUGUGCUGCAUCCUGGCAACGCGGCCAACAAGGCUGUCGAGGCGGGCAAGGGCCUGUGGAGCGCCGCGUCGCGGAGGUGAUAUUUACGUGAUACGAUACGAUGAAGAGAAGUCAAAGCGCAGGGCGCUGCAAGAUGUAUAGGUGUGCUGCGCACACACGUAUGGCUCACAGCGAGUAUUAUCCCAAAUGAUAGAUGAAUAUGUUUUGGCGUUUGAAGUGUUUUUUGUUUGUUUGAACGAGUAACUAGGUAUUAGGAUUGACCUCUCGUGGCUACUCGCCCAUGUUAGGUGCUCUUUCUCUCCUGAUCCGGUGUCAAGCGACUGUCCAGGUGCCGCGCACCAUAUUACACCUCAGAAACUAAAGUAUAUACGUUAUCAA